UCGACAAGAUGUAAUUAAAUAAAUAACGUCACACGAAGUCUUUAUCAAGAAUAUAAAACGAACGGAAAUUCAUGUUAUAUCAAUUAAAAUUCGAAGUAGAAACGUAGUGUGGAAGUCGAAACAGGAAAUUACUCGCAUAAUGAAGAAUAAUAUAGAAAACGACUAUAAAAGAAUACUUUACUUCUUGAUAUUGCUGCUGUUCCUGCUUGUCCUUCUACUAUCGUUUUUAUUCAUCUGUUUACUUCAAUAUUCGAAUAUGCGAAUAACUUCGCUCGAGAUACAAGAGAAUAAUAAAAAGUCUCGGAAAACUAAUGACGAAGAUGCCAUCAUUAAUGAAAACACUAUUGGUCACCAAGCGAAGAAAAGGGAAAUCUCUUCUCAAACCGAUAAAGGAUGCCAAAAGGAUUGUUCUCCGACACCAAAUCCACCUGAAAAAAACUGCGACACAUUAAAGAUAAAUGAAAAUUGGAGUGUAAAAAAAACUGAUUACUUGGGAUUUUGUUUCGCUGCCGAUCAAUUUUGUGGAAGAAACAGAGAAAAUUCAAAAGACGAACAGGAAGACAAUUUGGGAGGAGAAAAUAAACAAGAAAAUAAGAAUUGCAUUCUCCAAAAUAUUACAGAGGAUGAGACUUUUCAGUACCAGAACUUCAGUUUUCAUUUCACAGGAAAAUAUAGGUCAAUAUUUAGGAAUAUUGAAGAGGGACCAAAAGACAAUUACAAGAUUAUUUCACAAGAAUUGGGUGAUGGUUUAAUGAAAGAAUUUCGACUUAAUGAAAAGCGAGAAGUCAAAAUACUAAAACAGUUUAAAUUACCCGAACAAAUGUUUGUUUGGGGAAUUAUUGGAUACAACGGAAAUAUUUACGGUCGACAUAAAAAUUUUUCUGAAGGAAGAAUUAUCAAGUAUAACAUUGAAACAGAGAAGUUGACUUUUGGAGAUAAAUUCGAUUUUAAUGAGAAUAAACAUUUCGUAUAUUUAUUUCACGGUGAUAACUUUUUCUGGGCAUUUGAAGUUAUAAGUCAGACAUUACAUUAUUUAGACACUGUUUUAGUGGGUUAUAAAAUGGAUUUUGAUAAUUUAAAAGUUUUGUCAAAACUGAAUUUUACUUCGAAUAAUUUUAAUUAUAGAUUCACGUUCGUUGCUUAUGAUAAGCUGUAUCGCGUUUAUUAUCGCUCUGGUAAGAUUUAUAUUUCGUCGGCUUUAAACGACGAAGAGUUUCUAUACAUUGAUGUACAGGAAGAUGUAUACAGAUUUGAAAGAGUCAUGUAUAAUGCUAAAGAACAAAAUCUUUACUUACAGUCUACUGAUUACAAACAUAACUAUCAAAUUAUUGUAAAAAAGUUACACUUUAAUUGUUCAAACGAAGAUUGACGAGUCGCUUCAAAACUUGAAUUAUAUUGUUUUAUUUUUACUUUUCCAUAUC